UUGAAAUUACAGUUCGUCGAUGAGUGGAAAAAGAAGAGUGAUGACUUGGCGGCGGAACUUGACAGCGCACAACGUGAGGCACGAAAUCUGUCCACGGAUUUAUUCAAACUGAAGACCACACAUGAGGAACUGAACGAAACUGUUGAAGGACUUCGACGUGAGAACAAGGCAUUGAGUAAUGAAAUCAAGGAUCUGACCGACCAACUUGGUGAAGGCGGACGCUCACAGCACGACAUGCAGAAGGUUAUUCGCCGGCUCGAAAUAGAGAAAGAAGAGCUGCAGCACGCCCUUGAUGAAGCUGAAGGCGCACUGGAAGCAGAGGAAAGCAAGGUCUUAAGAGCACAAGUGGAAGUGUCUCAGAUACGUUCUGAGAUUGAAAAACGUAUACAUGAGAAGGAAGAUGAUUUUGAAAACACCCGACGCAAUCACCAGCGAGCACUGGAAUCCAUGCACGCCUCUCUGGAAGCAGAAUCAAAGAGCAAGAAUGAGCUGCUCCGAGUGAAGAAGAAGCUCGAAUCGGACAUAAAUGAACUCGAAAUUGCGUUGGAUCAUGCCAAUAAAGCGAAUGCCGAUGCUCAGAAGAAUUUGAAGCGCUGCAAUGAACAAAUCCGCGAAAUACAGUUACAGCUCGUUAACUAG